UUCUGUGACCUAGUUACAGGGAAUUAUGGGAUACCGUCGUUGAAAGUUUAUCUGCUGUAAUAACUCGUGAGCGACAGAAAAUAUUUGGUUGGUAUACGAUACAAAGGCACGGUAGAAGAGUGACUUUGGUCACAUUUGGAAUUAGCGAAGAAAUGGCGUCAAGGCUCAUAUGUGGAGCGAAGAAGCGGCUAGUGACAUACUUGCCAGACUUCAAGUGUGCUAUCAAACAUGUGAAGGCAUUUAGCAGCAUGCAGUCCAAGAUCAAAACCCAAACCCAUGGACUUUCCUUUGGCCCAGAUGGUGACCCAGUGCUGUGGCCUGACAUGGCACUUGGUCCAUUUGCAGACAGCCCUCAGUUCCCGCUGCCAGGGUUCACGGGGGUCAACUUGGAGGAGCUGGGUGUCAACCCACAGGAGGCCAGGGCCAGGCUCAUACCACUCACUGGGCCGGAGGGUCUUACGAUAAUGAGAACCGUCUUACAGGGCGGUCUCCAUGGUCUGAGCAUCGGUCACCGUGGAGACAAACUCCCAUCAACACUGGAGAUGGAAAAGCUACACAGGGCGCAGCAGCAUAUGAUGGAGAAGUACAUAAGUCAGUUGGAGGAGAGGUUUGAGAAAGAAGACGACCUCUAUGACAGCGAGUAUGAAGGCUACGAUAUGUCGUCCACUUCACUGCCCAAGUUUGAGUGUGAAGUACAUGACUGUCCCAACCAAAGGUAUGAAAUAGUAAAUGCUAACUUCGUGGACUUGUUCCCGGGCAAGAAUUUGCAGGAGGGACCGUUUACUGCAGUGACCAUUACUUUGAAGACGGAGAAUGACAUGAGUGCAUAUAAUGAAGACGUUGAAGAGGAGAGGGAAGAAUUACUGGAUCAGUUCCAUGACUUGGCCCAGGUGAUGUGCGAGGCUCUAAAGGGGAAGGGUUACUGGGCAGACUUCAUUGACCCUUCCAGUGGGAGACCAUACUAUGGAGACUUCACCAACGCGACUUUAUUCGAGACGGACGAGCGCUACAAACACUUCGGUUUCGACAUUGAUGACGCUGGAUGCUGUAAGGUGAUCUCGCACCCGCUGUGGGGAACCCGGGUUUUCGUGGGAUGUCUAUUCACCAACGCCCCCAGUGACGACCCAAUACACAAGUCUAUGCUGAUGGAGCUAAAGACACUGGAAGAGAAAGAGCCCGUGAUGGCGCCAGAUGAGCCACCGGCUAAGACUUAAAAUAUUGAAAAAAAACUGUUGGAAGUUAAAAGCGGACUUUGUAUGGUGUUAGGUAUUGUGCUAGUUGACAUUAUGUGGAGCUAAGCUUAAAGUUUAUUUUUGUUGAAAUAAUUCAACCUUGCAUUCCCCUCCUUUUAUUUUCAAUAAUGAAAAUUGACUGAAAAAUGGGGUGAGGGAUAAAUAAGCUUGUAAAUGUCCUAUGAUGAUCAUAAAAAGUGAAUAUGAAGUCAAAAAACACUUAUUUACAGGACUGAACAGUGACGAAAUAUCAAAGAGGAGAGUAACAAAAAGAUUUGAAAGGAAAGCCAAUCAAACAUGUUUAACAUAUUGUAUUGGUAUUGUAUAAAAAGAUUUGCGUUUGACUUUGUCAAAUUUCGCUGUUCUUUCAAUCGUUCGCGGAGGCAGGUAUGAAAUAAAUUACAAUGACAGAUUAUUUGACUCUGAACAACAAAGAGAUGACGACAGCAAAGUUAAAAAGAUCGUCGCAUCGUCAGGGUUACAGAAAGUGUUCACAAUGUUACAUUAGCGCUAUUUUCUUUUAAAUUGCCAUCUCGGCGUUGGUACAUAUAGCUCUAUUACAUGACAGGGUGGCAACCAAUUUGGGGGGAGGGGGGGGGGUAACACAUGAUUAUCACUAUAUAUAUAUAUGUGUGUCUGAAAAGACCUAAUAAUUUAAUUGGAUUUUUGAUAUGAAAUCUUUCUCACCGUAUUUAUCCAGCUGUGGGGAGGGGGGGGGCAGCGUAAUAAUUUUACCAUAUAUAUUAAUAAUUCUUUGAGAAGUUCUGAUAAUGUACAUUGGGUUUUUGAUACGAAUUUUUUUUCACUGUAUUUACCCAGCUUCUACAGCAUCUAUGGUUUCUCAGCGUAUUCGGGCAUCUUUGAAAAAUAACCUAGAUUUCUGUUCUCUCAAAUGAUUGGGUUCUAUAAUUGUGCUAAAAUGAGAACAUGGAUUGUGCCAGAAGCAUUUCUUAACGGUUUUAUCUGAAUUAGAUAUAAGCGGUAUCAACUAAGGACAAAAUGGAAUUCCUAAUCUAAAUUUUUACAUCACACGGUGUACAAUAAAUCUAUGUUCGUUUGUUAUAAUGGUUUUUUUGUGUGAUGUUUUGAAAUCGCAUCAUAUUUGUCUUUAGAAGAAAUGUCCUCAAGUAAGUCGUAUUGCGGUUCAAGAUGAGUAUCGUUUCUGUAUAAAAAAGCAAAUUUGAUGACUUUCGAAUCAUUGAACGGAUUUCUUGAAUAAAACUUAUUUAAAAGUG